CGAGUUUGACGAUAUGCCCUAUGAACCGUAUCGAUCGGGAGCUGUUUGAUGAAUUUAGCACCCGGACUUACAUUAUGGAAGACGAAAAGGAAGAGGUGUUCGAAUUUAUUGAAUCUCUGGCAAAUUCCACCUACAUGAACUUUGGCAACAUCAAGGGAUCGGCGAACAUCGAUCGCAUCCUUUCGAUGCUUCGAGUUACGCCAAAGGAUUACAUGAUGCUUAUCGCCAAUCUGACGAAGGACCUUACCCGGCGUGACCACCAAGAGCUGCGGGUACGCAGUCUGAACAACCUCGAGUACAUCCUAACGGUUCAGACGCUGACUGAGUACGGAAUUUGCUACACCACCAAUAGCUUCAUCGCACCCAAUUUAACGACGAGGGACACAACGGUCGCACAACGUAGCUGUCGGUUCUUUUCCGAAUCCAAUCUAACGCACUACAACAUCUACACGAAAGGCAUCUGUCUCCAGGAAUGCCGUAUAAAGAUGGCACUUCAGCACUGUGGUUGUAUACCGCACUUUUACCCAAAUAACAUCAAGCCACCGAAGCCAGUCUGCGACUACCGCACGCUGAAGGUAUGUUUCCCUCCAUUGAAGGAACUUUUCCUUGAGCUCCGAGAAGAGCACGGCGACCAUGAUGCAAUCAACUGCUACUGUGAACAAAACUGCGUGGACUCGAAGGUCAUCAUCGAGAAGACUCAGAUACUCGUUGGCACUCGGAAGCUUCUUGGCAGUAAUGGAGGUCUUAUCCUGAUGAAAAAAUAUCCCCUCAUUCGCUUUAGCCGGCAAGUGCUGUUUACAUUCACUGAUCUAUUGGUUUCCAUCGGGGGAACAGCCGGCUUAUUCCUUGGCUUCAGUGUCCUGGGAGUGGUGGAAAUUAUGUAUUUUUUUACGCUCCGGCUGAUCUGGUAUUGCUUGGGCCGUCGCUAAUGGGCAUGUUGCAGAUGUCACAUUUCUCUACGCAACAGCAU